AUGAAGAAUAUUUCCAGAGAAGUUGGAAGUGUAGUCUUGGAGGAGAAGAGAGGAAAGAGAGACUACACAGAGGCUAGCAAAUGCACAUGCUCUUCAACGAUUUCUCAGAAAUGCCCGCCAGGCUCCAAAGGUGCUCCAGGAGCCGAUGGUCUGGACGGGAUCCCCGGCUCCAGAGGUCUGAAUGGUAUGGAUGGAGAGGCUGGGCACAGUAAUAUGGAUGUUUUCAUGUCACCAACAGGAUGCAUCCGUUGCCCAGCGGGUCCUCCAGGUUCUCCUGGUGAUCAUGGUUCUCCUGGUGAACCAGGGUACCCGGGACCUUCAGGACCUCCAGGGGAACCCGGUUACGCAACAAUUGGGCUUAUCGGGCCACCUGGACUCGCAGGCCAAGAUGGUCUAGAUGGAGCUCCUGGCGAGCCGGGAGUAGGUGGAAUGGAUGCAGUGAAGAUUGUUUCAGUUGAUGGAAAAAUUGGAAGAAGAGGAGAAGCGGGGAACAAAGGAAGCAAAGGAUCUCGAGGAGGAGUUGGAAAAGCUGGAGGGCCUGGGGUGGCUGGAGAAAUGGGAGAAAAAGGAGCAAGAGGUGAAGAUGGAAAGCCUGGAGAGUCUGGAAAGCCCGGCGCACCUGGAAUCCCUGGAAAAGAUGGUACAUACUGCCGAUGUCCCGAUCGAAAUCGUUACGAUAUUUAUCCAUAUAAAUCGAAAAUCUGAUAAUAGUAAUAAAGAUAAU